CAAGAGAAAAAUUCUUUAGGUGUAGAAGAAUUCUGGAAUAUGGUUUAUAAAAAACGACAUGAAAAUGAAAUCAUUAUUUCAGAGUUGAAUUAUACAAAACGUGCAUUAAAAGAUGCAAACAAUGAAAUGCACCAAGUACAUACUAUAAUGGCUGAUAAAAUGCCAACACAUCUAAAACGCAGGCUAGGAGAUCAAGCUGAGGGCUGUGAAAAUCAAGAUUCAGGAGAGUGUGAUAUUCAAGAAGUAUUUGAGUUGCAUAAUAAUAAAGCUGGACAGGGAUCAGGACCUGAGUUUCAAGAAAAGCAAGUACCAAAAAAAUCCAAAAGACAUAAAGCUAAUGAGAAGAAUGAGAUACCAUCAACUUUACAGAAACUUGUGAUUUUUAAAAAUAUCAUGACGAGAUGUAUGGAAUAUAGUGGUGAUAGUAUCACAAUAUUUACAGGUCAGUAA